AUGGAACUGCAGAACAGUAUUGUUGUUUUAAUUUUCAUAAGUUUAACUGGUGCAGAAAUAAAAUUGCCACCUGAGUUUAUGAUAAUUGGUGGCCCUUUAACAAAUGCUCUGGUGAAUACUUUGGCUAAAGAUGAAGAUAAAUAUCAGAUGAGUGAUUUCAGUGUGGAAGAAGGCACACACUUCUUUUGUCUGGACCCUCUUCCAAGGUAUUUGAAAGAUCAUCUCCUAAACGUACAGCAAAAAGGUAUUUCCCAUUACAAAGUAAUGCUUCCUUGGGCUAGUAUUCUAUCCGAAGAUAUAUCUGAGAAGGUGGAUCCUAUCCAAGUGAGGUGUUAUUCAAAUCUCCUAAAUGAAUUAAGAAGUGCAAAUCUCAAACCUGUAAUGGUUCUGUGCAACCCUCAAAGUCUGACCGUGAAGUAUGCCAACUGGGAGAAUGGGACACUUAUUGAUUCUUUUGCAAAUUAUGCACAAUUUGCUUUUGCAACCUUCGGAGAAAAAGUUGAAAUCUGGAUAACAUUUGAUGAUCCUUCAAACAUAAUAUCCAAACACAAAACAAAAAACACUGAAUCUUCAGCAAUCAGGAAUAUAAUCCUUGCCCAUGAAAAGGCUUACAAAAUUUAUCACAAAGAGGUGGCAUCCAAAAUACUCGACAUAUCUAAUCUUCCACGCAAUUCAGAGCCAACUACCUCACCCAUUUUUGCUGUUGGGCCCCAUUUCCAUGCUGGAAUGGUGGACUUGAUCGCCCUAACAGUGCCAUAUGGUUGUGAGUCUGAUCAGAAGAGCAUCAACAGCUCUUUACAGAUCUUGGUCUAUAGAUUAGACUUUUCACAAUGCACUGUCUCAAACAGCAGAGAGCAUGUUAGAUCUGCACUGACUGAAAUUGUGAGAGCUGUGACCAUGAAUGAGGUUCCAAUUGUUGGCUGUGAUGCCAAUUACUUUUUGGACAGUUUACCAUUGUAUUAUCAAACAGGCACCUCAGAUAAAGAAAGUACCUCUUCACCAAUGGAAGAUGGGGUUAAACUUCAGCAUGUGGAACAACCGAAUGAAGUCAAACUUCCCACAGCAUCUGGUCUUACAUCCUAUCAAACUGUAUUGCAGAAGUUUUCAAACCAAUUUGCAGCAGAGAGGGAUUCCUUUUUGUACGGCACGUUCCCCAGUGGCUUUCUUUGGAGCACAGCUACAGCCUCAUUUAAAAUCGAAGGAGGUUGGGCUGAACAGGGGAAAGGAGAAAGUAUUUGGGACAAGUUUGCUCACGAGGGAAAGAUAGAAAGAAACCAAACUGCAGAUGUUGCCUGCGACAGUUUCAAUAAAAUUGAUUAUGAUGUUUAUUUGAUGAGAGGUUUACGAGUUAACACUUACAAGUUUUCCCUGUCAUGGCCGAGAAUUUUUCCAACCGGCUAUCGUGCUAAACUGAACCAAGAUGGAGUGGACUAUUACAAUAAAUUAAUUGAUAGUCUUCUGGAGUCCAAUAUUCAACCGAUGGUGACACUAUAUCACUGGGAUCUUCCUCAGUCUUUGCAAGAUAUUGGUGGUUGGCAGAAUGAAAGUGUAAUAGAUACUUUUGCUGACUAUGCAGAUUUUUGUUUCGCCACCUUUGGAGACCGUGUGAAAUACUGGAUCACAUUUAAUGAGCCCUGGGUUGUUAGUUAUGCUGGAUAUGGCACAGGGCAGCAUGCACCCGGAAUCAGUGAUCUAAAUACUGCAGUCUACAAGGUUGGCCACUCCAUAAUCAAAGCCCAUGCCAAAGCUUGGCACAUGUAUGACAAAAACUACCGUUCUCGACAACAUGGUCAAUUAGGAAUAGCAUUAAAUUCAGACUGGGCCGAGCCUUCCACUCAAAAUCCAACAGACGUUUUAACAGCUGAUCGUUACCUGCAAUUUAUGUUGGGCUGGUUUGCUCAUCCCAUCUUCGUUAAUGGUGAUUAUCCGGCAGCCUUAAAAAAACAGAUAGAAAAAUAUAAUCAGGAAUGCUCAUCACUUCCUGUCCAACUGCCAUCAUUUACGGAAAAGGAGAAAAAUUACAUUAGUGGAACGUCAGAUUUCUUUGGCCUCAGUCACUAUACCUCUCGACUGAUCAAUUCUACCACAAAUAACACAUGUGCUUCAAACUACAAUCGUAUUGGGGAUUUUUCCCCGCAUGUACACCCAUCAUGGCCGCCGACUGCAUCUCCAUGGAUAUAUAUCGUUCCAUGGGGACUGCGAAGGCUGUUACAUUUUGUUAGACAUGAAUAUACAGGUACAAAUAUUCCAAUUUAUAUAACAGGACAUGGAGUGCCAAGUGAUGGUAAUGAUUUUAUAAAUGAUACCUUAAGAACAGAGACAUCUGCUGCCUACAUUAAUGAGGCAUUGAAGGCUUUCAUUUUGGAUGGGAUUGAUGUAAGAGCAUUUACACAAUGGUCACUAAUGGACAACUUUGAAGGUCCACAAGGAUACAGCCAUAGAUUUGGACUUCAUUAUGUGAAUUUUGAAGAUUCCAACAGACCUAGAACUCCAAAGGAAUCUGCGUAUUUUUACACACAGAUCAUUGAGAAUAAUGGCUUUGUUAACAGUUCCUCGAACAAUUCAGUUCAGAGCCUCACUCUCAACAAGAUUAAAAGGCUGACAUAUUUACCAGCAUCAGAAGUGCCAUCAAAGGCUAAAGUUGUCUGGGAAAAGUUUUCAAAUCAGGAUGAAAUGGAAAGGGACAACUUUUUACAUGACACCUUCUCAGAAGAAUUUGGAUGGGGUGUCUCCACUUCAGCGUACCAAAUUGAAGGAGGGUGGAAUGCUGAUGGAAAAGGACCAAGUAUCUGGGACAAUUUCACCCAUAAUCUUAACAUCCAGAAUGGUGAUAUUACAUGUGACAGUUACAAUAAAAUUGAUGAAGAUCUUUAUAUGCUUCGAGCAUUGAGAGUUAAAAACUACCAUUUUUCUUUUUCAUGGUCUCGAAUUUUCCCCAAUGGGAGACAGGAGUCAUUGAAUCCGUUGGGGGUUGAUUAUUACAAUAAACUGAUCGACAAUCUUCUUGCAAGCAACAUAACACCAAUGGUAACACUUUACCACUGGGACAUCCCUCAAGCACUUCAAGAUAUUGGAGGCUGGGAGAAUGAAGAAUUGAUUGACUUAUUUAAUGCAUUUGCUGAUUACUGUUUCAUAACAUUUGGAGAUAGAGUUAAGUUCUGGAUAACAUUUAGUGAGCCCUCUGUGUUUAGCUGGAAAGGAUAUGGUACAGGUGCCUUUCCCCCAUCUUUAAAAAAGCCCGGUGAUCUUCCAUACAGAGUGGCACACGUGUUGUUGAAGGCUCACGCCAAGGUUUUUCACACCUAUGAUGAUAAAUAUAGGAGCACGCAGAAGGGCUUAAUUUCUAUUAGCCUUAAUGCAGAUUGGGUGGAACCAAAGGUAACUAAUGACCUCAGAGACGUGGCUGCAGCUGAUCGCUACUUGCAGUUUACGCUGGGCUGGUUCGCACAUCCGAUUUUUAAAAAUGGUGAUUAUCCUGAGGCGAUGAAAUGGGCGGUUGGAAACAAGAGUGAAUUGCAACGCCUACCAACAUCACGCCUUCCUCAAUUUACAGAGAAGGAAAAGACUUAUAUCCGUGGUUCUGCAGAUGUUUUGUGCAUCAAUACGUACACCACAAAGAUUGUUAGUCAUCAGAUCAACAAACUUAAAACCUUUUCUUAUGAAUACGACAGGGACACCGACGAACAAUUUGACCAGAGUUGGCCAACUACAUCUGACAAGAAUUUUAGGGCUGUAGCCUGGGGCCUGAGGAGACUACUGAACUGGAUCAAAGAAGAAUAUAAUAAUCCUCCCAUUUAUGUAACGGAAAAUGGAGUAGCUACUAAAUCAUCUUCGAGUGUGGACGAUACAGAUAGGAUAUUCUACUACAAGACAUACAUCAACGAAGCACUGAAAGCUUACAAGUUGGACCAUGUUAAUCUUAAAGGCUAUGCUGCCAGAUCCCUCAUGGACAGCUUUGAAUGGGUCAAUGGAUACAGUUUACAAUUUGGACUACAUCAUGUGAACUUCAAAGAUCCUAACAGGCAAAGAACUCCCAAGCGAUCAGCGCACUAUUAUGCAGAAAUAAUUCAUGACAAUGGUUUCCCAAGACAGAAAGAUGAUGAAUUUCUUCAUGGUGAAUUUCCAAAGAACUUUGCUUGGAGUGCUGCCACUGCUGCCUAUCAGAUUGAAGGAGCUUGGAGAGCUGAUGGCAAAGGACUUAGCAUAUGGGACACAUUUUCUCAUACUCCGUUGAAAGUUGGUAACAGCGAUACAGGAGAUAUAGCAUGUGACAGCUAUCACAAGAUCGAAGAGGAUGUGGCUAUUCUCAAAGAACUGAAAGUCAACCAUUACCGUUUCUCCCUAUCAUGGCCUCGCAUUCUCCCUGAUGGAACCACACGUUUUGUUAAUGAGGUUGGAUUGAACUACUAUAUAAAGUUUAUUGAUGCUCUCCUUAAAGCUAACAUCAAGCCCCAGGUUACACUUUAUCACUGGGAUUUGCCUCAAGCACUCCAAGAUGUUGGUGGCUGGGAGAAUAGCAGCACAAUUGACCGCUUUGUAGAGUAUGCUCAUUUCUGUUUUCAGAAAUUAGGUGACAAGGUGAAGUUCUGGAUAACCCUAAAUGAGCCUUACAAUACAGCACUUCUUGGUUAUGGCUAUGGUACCGCUGCACCAGGAAUUGGUACAAGAUUGGGCACGGCUCCUUAUGUUGUUGCUCACAAUCUAAUCAAAGCCCACGCUGAAGUUUGGCAUUUGUACAAUGAAACGUACAGGUCACAACAGCACGGUCUGAUCUCCAUAACAAUAAACUCUGACUGGGUUGAACCACGGAAUCCAUACAAACAAGAAGAUGUUGAUGCAGCAAAUAGACAUUUAAUGUUUUAUGGUGGAUGGUUUGCAUUUCCAAUUUUUAAAAAUGGUGACUACAAUGAGGUAAUGAAAACACGUGUGAGAAAGAUGAGCUUGGCUCAAGGAUUGACCAAGUCUCGGCUCCCUGAAUUCACAGAAUCUGAAAAAAAGAAAAUUAAAGGGACCUAUGAUUUUAUGGGAUUUAACCACUACACCACUGUGUUGGCUUUCAAUGUCAAUUUUGGAAAUUUUAUCCCGAUGUAUGAUGCUGACAGAGGAACUGGGACAACCGUAGAUCGCACCUGGCUUAGAUCCGGGUCUUUCUGGCUGAAAGUAACUCCAUGGGGUUAUAGGAAAAUUCUUAACUGGAUCAAAAAAGAGUUCAACAAUCCUCCAAUUUAUCUAACAGAAAAUGGCAUUUCAGAGCAUGGAGAUAAAGGGCUCAAUGAUGUCUGGAGGAUCAAUUAUCAUCGGAGUUACAUAAAUGAAGUUUUAAAAGCUAUUAAACUUGAUGGAGUCGAUGUACGGGGCUACACAGCAUGGUCACUGAUGGACAACUUUGAAUGGGCUGUAGGUUACGCUGACAGAUUUGGAUUAUUCUAUGUAAAUUACACAGACCCUUCUUUGCCUCGCAUUCCGAAAGCAUCAACCAAAUUUUAUUCUACAAUUAUACAUUGUAAUGGCUUUCCUGAUCCGGCUUUAGGGCCACACAAAUGUCUGCACACAGAACCAUCAACAGUGAAAACCACUUCGACUGGCUUGACAUCUGGUGCACAGGUUUAUUUCCUAGGAUUAGAAAUUUCUAGUCUGGAUGCAACAAGUGCUCUGUAUACUUUGUUCAUUAUUUCAAUAAUUGCUGUUGUGUUAUUGGCUAUCUUUGCAUAUAAAAUUUGGAAAACUGGAAGAUCAAGGAAAUAUCUGGAUUCAGCCUCGGACACGAUGAAUUUGUCAGGAAAUCAAAACACUAGGAUUUGA